GAGUCUAGAUGAUUCCUGAAACCAAAUAAAAUAAAAUAUUUUAAAAGAGUAUAGUAUGAAAGAGGAACAAUCACCAGCAAAAACGAGAACCUUCGCGAACAUCGCAUUCAAUAAAAGUUCGCAAUGUGUCCUCCUCCCUCGUCGGUCUCUCUAUCCGGUGUUAUCACUGAGAAAGCUUACAGUCUUAACAGCUUAUGAGACCGUUGUUGCUGAGAAAUUGAAGCUGAAGGGAAAAGCACUGCAUGUGAAGGCAGAUGGGAUUAAAAAGAAAAAGAAACACAGCAAGCAUUAUGGCCAUCUAUCUCAAGUCACGGGGAAUGACCUUUUAACAGUUGGAAAUACGGGAUUGUCUACAGAUCAGAGUGAGGAUGACAUGAAAUACGGUGGGGAAGGACAGGCUGCUAAGUAUGAUGAUCAUCUUACGCCAGCUGAGAAACGGUAUCUCCAGCAGUGGGAAAAGAUCGAUAUCAAAAGGCUGGCCAAGACUACCAGAAAAUCUCACCGUGAUCGGAUUCAGGAGUUCAACCAAUAUCUGGCCAAUCUGAGUGAGCAUUAUGACAUUCCCAAGGUUGGGCCUGGCUAAUUGCGCUGAACCUUGCGUCUCCCUCACCCCUAUCUCCGUGUCAUCCGGUUCUUGUUGCCGUGGGAACGUGUAAAAUGAAAUUGGACUUUGUUCAUUCUUCUUUUGGUUGUGAACUUCCAUUUGAAACUAAACCAUUAAAUUUGUACCUUUAUGUUGAGGACUUUCUCAAAGAAGUGGAAGUUACUGCUACACUGAUUAAUACCAAUCAGCAUGGAGCAGGUCUUUUCAUGUA